AUAGAGGCUGGGGGUGGGGGGGAGGUCAAGCGUAGCCUCUUCUCCUUUACCAAGAUGGCGGCUUGUCCCUGUUUCGCCACAGUUCCUACCUUAUGAGCUUGGUUUCCUUACGCUAAUAAGAGUGGAACAGCAAAAACUGGCAGGCUGACAGAGGCGGCCUCAGGACGGACUCUCUGGCUACUGACCGUUUUGCUGUGGCUCACCGGAUUGUGCGUAGGCGCGAGAUCAACCAUGAGCUCCGUUGCAGUUUUGACCCAGGAGAGCUUUGCUGAACACCGAAGUGGGCUGGUUCCGCAACAGAUCAAAGUUGCUACUUUAAAUUCAGAAGAGGAGAGUGACCCUCCAACCUACAAAGAUGCCUUUCCUCCACUCCCGGAGAAAUCAGCUUGCUUGGAAAACGCCCAGGAGCCUGCUGGCGCCUGGAGUAACAAGAUCCGGCCCAUCAAAGCUUCUGUCAUCACUCAGGUGUUCCAUGUACCCCUGGAAGAGAGAAAAUACAAGGACAUGAACCAGUUUGGAGAAGGUGAACAAGCAAAAAUCUGCUUGGAGAUCAUGCAGAGGACCGGUGCCCAUCUGGAGCUGUCUCUCGCCAAAGACCAGGGCCUCUCCAUCAUGGUGUCAGGGAAGCUGGACGCCGUCAUGAAAGCCCGGAAGGACAUUGUCGCUAGACUGCAGACUCAGGCCUCAGCGACUGUAGCCAUUCCUAAAGAACACCACCGCUUUGUUAUUGGCAAAAAUGGAGAGAAACUGCAAGACUUGGAGCUCAAAACUGCAACCAAAAUCCAGAUCCCACGCCCAGAUGACACCAGCAAUCAGAUCAGGAUCACCGGUACCAAAGAAGGCAUUGAGAAAGCUCGCCAUGAAGUUCUGCUGAUCUCUGCUGAGCAGGACAAACGUGCUGUCGAGAGGCUGGAAGUGGAGAAGGCGUUCCACCCCUUCAUCGCCGGGCCAUAUAACCGACUUGUUGGUGAGAUCAUGCAGGAGACAGGGACACGCAUCAACAUCCCCCCACCCAGUGUCAACCGGACAGAAAUCGUCUUCACAGGAGAGAAGGAGCAGUUGGCUCAGGCUGUGGCUCGCAUCAAGAAGAUUUACGAGGAAAAGAAAAAGAAGACCACAACCAUCGCCGUGGAGGUGAAGAAAUCCCAGCACAAAUAUGUCAUCGGGCCGAAGGGCAAUUCCUUACAGGAGAUCCUGGAAAGAACAGGAGUUUCUGUGGAGAUCCCACCGUCAGACAGCAUCUCGGAGACUGUGAUACUUCGAGGCGAGCCUGAAAAGCUAGGGCAGGCACUGACUGAAGUCUAUGCCAAGGCCAACAGUUUUACUGUGUCGUCCGUCUCUGCUCCUUCCUGGCUUCACCGGUUCAUCAUUGGCAAGAAAGGGCAGAAUCUGGCCAAAAUCACUCAGCAGAUGCCCAAGGUGCACAUCGAGUUCACAGAGGGUGAGGACAAGAUCACCCUGGAAGGCCCCACAGAGGAUGUAAACGUGGCCCAGGAACAGAUUGAAGCCAUGGUCAAAGACUUGAUUAACCGGAUGGACUACGUGGAGAUCAAUGUGGACCACAAGUUCCACAGACACCUCAUCGGGAAGAGCGGGGCCAACAUAAACAGAAUCAAAGACCAGUACAAGGUGUCCGUACGCAUCCCUCCUGACAGUGAGAAGAGCAACCUGAUUCGCAUUGAGGGGGACCCACAGGGUGUGCAGCAGGCCAAGCGGGAGCUGUUGGAGCUCGCCUCUCGGAUGGAAAACGAGCGCACCAAGGAUCUGAUUAUUGAGCAGAGAUUCCAUCGCACAAUCAUUGGGCAGAAGGGUGAACGGAUCCGUGAAAUUCGUGACAAAUUCCCAGAGGUUAUCAUCAACUUUCCAGACCCAGCACAAAAAAGUGAUAUUGUUCAACUCAGAGGGCCCAAGAAUGAGGUGGAAAAAUGCACAAAAUACAUGCAGAAGAUGGUGGCAGAUCUGGUGGAAAAUAGCUAUUCAAUUUCUGUUCCGAUCUUCAAACAAUUUCACAAGAACAUCAUUGGGAAAGGAGGCGCAAACAUUAAAAAGAUUCGGGAAGAAAGCAACACUAAGAUCGACCUUCCAGCAGAGAAUAGCAAUUCAGAGACCAUUAUCAUCACAGGCAAGCGAGCCAACUGUGAGGCCGCCCGGAGCCGCAUCCUGUCCAUCCAGAAAGACCUGGCCAAUAUAGCCGAGCUGGAGGUCUCGAUUCCUGCCAAGCUGCACAACUCCCUCAUCGGCACGAAGGGCCGCUUGAUCCGCUCCAUCAUGGAGGAGUGCGGCGGGGUGCACAUUCACUUCCCAGUGGAGGGCUCAGGGAGUGACACUGUUGUCAUCAGGGGCCCCGCCUCGGAUGUGGAGAAGGCCAAGAAGCAGCUCCUGCACCUGGCCGAGGAGAAGCAAACCAAGAGUUUCACCGUUGACAUCCGCGCUAAGCCAGAAUACCACAAGUUCCUCAUUGGCAAAGGGGGUGGCAAAAUCCGCAAGGUGCGUGACAACACUGGAGCCCGCAUCAUAUUCCCAACGGCUGAGGACAAGGAUCAGGACCUGAUCACCAUCAUAGGGAAGGAGGACGCUGUCCGGGAGGCCCAGAAGGAGCUGGAGGCCCUCAUCCAGAACCUGGAUAAUGUGGUGGAAGACUGCAUGCUGGUGGAUCCCAAGCACCACCGCCAUUUUGUCAUCCGAAGAGGCCAGGUCUUGCGGGAGAUUGCUGAAGAGUAUGGUGGGGUGAUGGUUAGCUUCCCACGCUCUGGCACACAGAGCGAUAAGGUCACCCUCAAGGGUGCCAAGGACUGUGUGGAGGCGGCCAAGAAGCGCAUUCAGGAGAUCAUCGAGGACCUGGAAGCCCAGGUGACCAUAGAAUGUGCCAUACCCCAGAAGUUCCAUCGAUCUGUCAUGGGCCCCAAAGGUUCCAGAAUCCAGCAGAUUACUCGGGACUAUAAUGUUCAGAUUAAGUUCCCAGACAGAGAGGAGAACCCAGUUCACGGUGUAGAGCCGUCAGUCCAGGAGAACGGGGACGAGGCCGGAGACGGGAGAGACGCCAAAGAGGCCGACCCUGGCUCCCCCAGGAGGUGUGAUAUCAUCAUCAUCUCCGGCCGGAAAGAAAAGUGUGAGGCCGCCAAGGAAGCCCUCGAGGCGCUGGUUCCUGUCACCAUCGAAGUGGAGGUGCCCUUUGACCUUCACCGGUACAUCAUUGGGCAGAAGGGGAGCGGGAUCCGGAAGAUGAUGGAUGAGUUUGAGGUGAACAUCCAUGUGCCGGCGCCGGAACUGCAGUCCGACAUCAUCGCCAUCACUGGUCUUGCCACGAAUUUGGACCGGGCCAAGGCUGGCUUGCUAGAGCGCGUGAAGGAGCUGCAGGCUGAGCAGGAAGAUCGGGCUUUAAGGAGCUUUAAGCUGAGCGUCACUGUGGACCCCAAAUACCAUCCCAAAAUUAUUGGGAGGAAGGGGGCAGUGAUUACACAAAUCCGCUUGGAACAUGAUGUGAACAUUCAGUUUCCCGAUAAGGACGAUGGGAGCCAGCCCCAGGACCAAAUUACCAUCACAGGGUAUGAAAAGAAUACAGAAGCUGCCCGGGACGCCAUAUUGAAAAUUGUGGGUGAACUUGAACAGAUGGUUUCUGAGGAUGUCCCACUGGACCACCGUGUUCAUGCCCGCAUCAUUGGCGCCCGCGGCAAAGCCAUCCGCAAAAUAAUGGAUGAAUUCAAGGUGGACAUUCGCUUCCCGCAGAGUGGAGCCCCAGACCCCAACUGCGUCACCGUGACGGGGCUCCCAGAGAAUGUGGAAGAAGCUAUCGACCACAUCCUCAACUUGGAGGAGGAAUACCUGGCUGACGUGGUCGACAGUGAGGCCCUGCAGCUGUACAUGAAGCCGCCAGCCCACGAGGAGUCCAAAGCGCCAUCCAAGGGCUUUGUGGUCCGGGACGCUCCCUGGACCGCCAACAGCAGUGAGAAGGCCCCUGAUAUGAGCAGCUCUGAAGAAUUUCCCAGCUUUGGGGCUCAGGUGGCCCCCAAGACCCUCCCAUGGGGCCCCAAACGAUAAUGAUCAAAAAGCAGAAACCUCUCCAGCCUGCUGCCCCAAACCCCACCACACAUGGUUUGUUUCAAUCUGACCCAGCAGCUGGACCCUCCAUAAAUUGUUGACGCCUCCCCCUCCCCGAGGUCUCGCAGUGAAGCCGGGCGUGCCAGCACCCCGCGUGCGCUCAGGAUCUGCUCCCUGACACCUUUGCUCUGGGACGGCUCUCCACUGUUGUGAACACUAACAGAGGUAAUUGGACAUUUCCCUAUAAGCGUCCUGGCUCAUCCAGCAUGUCAGUAAGGCUCUGGCCUCCACUAUGAGAGCUGCACAGCUGUGGCUGAGUCUACUUCCUGUGUCAUGACCUCAGGAAAUAAAUUUCCUUGACUUUA